CGGAACCUAGUGUCCUCUGUAAUAAAUAGGCUGAAUUCUUGAUUGUUGUUGCUGCAAUUUUGUUUUUCAGCAGGAUGGUUGUUACUAUAUUUUUAUAGUACUAUAACCUUAGAUUAAUAUUUUUUUUCCUUUCCAGCAAAUAGAAAAAUCAAAUUAUAGGAUUACCUUGCACGCUAUUCUUUAUUCCUCAAUAAAUUCUUACGGAUGAUGAUGGAUAAUUGUGGAACUUGUAGAUUGACCAAGUCUAAGAACAGGACAAAACAAUAAAAUAGAGUAGUGGACAGGAAAUGGAUUCGAAGGAAAAGGACUAAUUUAUCAGCAAGAGAAGCUUCCUAAAGUACAAACUAUGUACAAUUAUUUCUUUACGUUUCUUUAGUGUAUUGGUAACUCCAAUUAUUAAAGACUUAGACGCGUAUAAAACGGAGACAUACCUGCCAACAAUGCUACUAUAAAAAGUCCACUUCUGGGAGAAACAAAUGAAACAGGAUGAACUUCCUUAUUUGGCUUCAUUUUCUCUCUGUGUUUUCUUCGUUCACAUCGGCAACGUUACUGUUUCAGAUUUCCCAGGGAUUCAAUUGGGAAUCAUGUAAUAAAGCAGGAGGAUGGUAUAACUCGCUAAAGAAUCUCAUUCCUGACAUGGCUAAUGCAGGAGUUUCUCAUGUAUGGCUUCCUCCACCUUCUCAGUCUGUUGCACCUCAAGGAUACAUGCCGGGAAGAUUGUAUGAUCUGAGUGCAUCAAAAUAUGGAAACCAAGAUGAUUUGAAAUCAUUAAUUCAGACUUUCCAUCAGAAUGGAAUUAAGUGCUUGGCUGACAUAGUGAUAAAUCAUAGAACUGCUGAGAAACAAGAUGAUAGAGGAAUUUGGUGCAUCUUUGAAGGCGGAACUUCCGAUGAUCGCCUCGAUUGGGGACCGUCUUUCAUUUGUAAAGACGAUACUGCCUAUUCUGACGGCAAUGGGAAUCCCGACACAGGAGAAGAUUUUCAACCUGCACCUGACAUUGACCAUCUCAAUCCAAGGGUUCAGAAGGAGCUAUCAGAUUGGAUGAACUGGUUAAAAUCUGAUAUCGGAUUCAAUGGGUUUCGAUUCGAUUUUGUAAAAGGCUAUGCUCCAAGUAUUACUAAAACUUACAUGGAGCAAACUGCGCCUGAUUUUGCAGUUGCUGAGAAAUGGGAUUCACUUUCUUAUGAACAAGAUGGAAAACCUGACUAUAAUCAGGAUAUGCACCGUAACGCGCUAAAACAUUGGAUUCAAGCUGCCGGUGGUUCCGUCACAGCAUUUGAUUUUACAACAAAAGGGAUUUUACAAGCAGCUGUACAAGGAGAAUUAUGGAGGUUGAGGGACUCGAACGGAAAUCCGCCAGGUCUGAUCGGCAUAAUACCUGAAAAGGCAGUGACUUUUAUUGACAAUCAUGAUACAGGCUCUACUCAACAGCUUUGGCCGUUCCCCUCAGAUAAAAUCAUGCAAGGAUAUGCUUAUAUUCUCACUCACCCCGGAACACCAUCCAUUUUUUAUGACCAUUUCUUUGAUUGGGGGAUGAAGGAAGAAAUUAGUAAAUUGGCCUCAAUCAGAAAGAGUUCUGGGAUUCACUCAACUACUAAGAUAAAUAUUCUGGCGGCUGAAACUGAUCUGUAUAUGGCAGCAAUCAAUGAUAAUGUUAUAAUGAAGAUUGGGCCAAAGAUGGAUCUUGGGAAACUACUACCUUCCGAUGAAUUUCAGGUUGCUACAUCUGGAGAAAGCUAUGCCGUGUGGGUCAAAAAUUCGUGAAAUGCUAAGAAAAUUAGUUUCUUCAAGAUUAAGUGAAUAAUAUUGCAUUUGUUCAAGACAUGUUAUGUAUCACAAUUAUUAUGUUUAAAGAAAAAUUAAAGGUGAAGAGCUGCGUGUUUUCUUUUA